CGGAUUUUAUGAAGCAGCACACGCUUAAGGGUCGGGAGCUGUCUGGUUAAUCAUGCUGAAUGGCAUUUUUGGUCACCUGAAUGUGACAAACGUGGUUAUUUUACAGUGCUGUUGCUUUCUGAGUUCACUUCAGUAUAUACAAAAAAAAAAUAAAAUUGCAGGCAUUCACAAGAAAUCCAGCGAGCUUCAAUGGCUCUAAUAAAUAACUUAGGAAGGUGAAGGCAUGCCGGCAUGCUGACAAGGGGCAGAACGUGUUCCCGUUGCUGUAAGGAGACACGGAAAGUUGCACAGCGCUGCGGGAAGUGCUCGUGAGUGCCAUCCUGCGUGGUGGCAGGCAGAGGAUGCAUCUCUGGAACACGUCCCUCUGGAAAUGCAGAUGCUGCACCACCAGGUGCCUUGCCCAGGUACCCGGAGCCACCUCUGCUGAGACCGCACAGGCCAGCGGAGGGGCAGAGUGCACAAAGCUUGUUUCAUUGCAGUUUUCCAGGCGGGUUUUCCUAAGCAGCUCUGUGAAAAACGGCAGUCCUGGGCUGUUCCCCCUGGAAGGAGCAGUGCUGGGGCAGCGAGGGGCCUUGUCCUGCGGUGACUGCUGCGUGUCUGCAGAGCCACCCUUAGGGCUGGGAUUGCUCCAUCAUCCUGCACGGUGUCUUGUCGCACACAGGUCACCGCCUGGUGCCAGGGAGAGAUGAUGAGUGUGCCAGGCUAGCAGGGCAUCCCCCCGCGAGUGUCUCUGUGUGGACAUCACCGGCGAUCCGUCAGAGCGAGAAGAAACUCGUGGCGCUGUGCGGGAUCGGAUUUUGGCAUGCGGUUGGCCUCGCAGCUUCAGCUUGGCAGGAGUAGCAGGUCACGGUCUGAAACACAAGAGGCCGAGCGGGGACCUGGGAAGCAUUUGGGGCAGCCGAGGAGGGGAGCUGAGCGAGCCCCUGGCCCGGUGGGUCUGGGGCUGGGGGAGCCUCUGGAGGGGGCUCACAAGGAGUCGGCGUGGGCUGCGUGGGUGCAGCUGAGCCUCGGGUGCCUGUGUGGUGCGGGGAGCCGGGAGGCGCUGAUUCUCCUGCGGUUGUUGGCGUGGCGUGGGUGGGCUCCUGCGGCACGGGGCGCGCGCAGCCCUUAUCCUUGGGCUGGGGCUGGGCUCAGCUUGUGCUCGCCCGCCUUCUUCCCAGGCUAAUGUCAGCCGUGAUGGGAUGUUGGAUUAGACUAAAUCUCCCAGGUUUAGCUGGAAUGUUGUCUCGCUGUAGCAUUUUUCUCCCUUGCUCUUUUCUCUAAGCCUUCCCCUGCAGCCGGCUAAUUCUCCCCUUCCCCCACAUCCUGUCAUACCCCAGAGCGUGUCACAAGGAAUUAGCGGCUGAAAAGGCCGGCAGAGGCUGCUCCUCUGGAACAGGCUCUCCUUUCUGCAGCGGGUGGCCCCCUCUGUGUGCCCCUUUUGUGUCCCGUCCAGCUCCCCUCCCCCUGGUCAUUCAGUGCGUGCCAGAGGAGAUGCCGGUGGCCCAAGGCCUUCCCGGCUGGGCUCAGCACCCUCCCGAUGCCUGGGUGCUUUUCCGAGCCGUGGCCGUGCCCGCGGCGCUCCCGGUGCCGCCGGCCUCGCUGCGGGAGGAGGAGGCUCGAGGUUGGCGCUGCUGGAGCCUUCCCUUCCCUCCCAUCUCCCCGCACGCAUCUGACAGCGUCGCCCGCUCUCGCUGCUCCCCAUCCUUCCCACAAUUCGCACACAAUCUCCUCAGAAUAGGGAUGAUGUCACUUCCUUCCAGAGGGUGCCGGGGGUGUGGAAGGGGGAGUCACGACCCCUGGCUCGGCUCUCGGCAGCCCCGCUGAAGAAACCAGGCUCGCAGGGAGAGGGAGUUGCCGGGAGGAUGCUGCCCGGCUCCGUGGGCAGCAGGCAGGCAGCGCGCCGUCCUUCCCUCCGCCGCCCGGGCUUCUCAAUGGCUGCAAGAAGAGUUUGCUGCUCCCUCCUUCGCUCGUGAUGCCUGGCGCCGUGGACGUGCUCUUCUCCUGAAACGCCCUCACGGGAGAGAAGGAUGAGCGGCAGCUGGACCGCGGGCCAUGAGGUGAGUGUCGUGCCUGCUGAACUUUCUCAGACCCACUAGCCAUGCCAGGGAUUGUCGUGUUCCGCCGUCGCUGGUCUGUAGGCAGCGAUGACCUCGUUUUGCCAGCAGUCUUCCUCUUCCUCCUGCAUACCACCUGGUUUGUGAUCCUCUCCGUGGUGCUCUUUGGGCUGGUGUACAACCCCAACGAGGCCUGCUCGCUUAACCUGGUGGACCACGGCAGAGGCUACCUGGGCAUCCUGCUCAGCUGUAUGAUCGCAGAGGUGGCAAUCAUCUGGCUCAGCAUGCGAGGCAGUAUCCUGUACACAGAGCCCCGGGACUCCAUGCAGUAUGUGCUCUAUGUCAGACUGGCUAUCUUGGUGAUUGAGUUUGUGUAUGCUAUUGUGGGCAUCAUUUGGCUAACGCAGUACUACACUUCCUGCAAUGAUAUCACCGCAAAGAGUGUCACUUUGGGAAUGGUUGUGUGCAACUGGGUUGUCAUCCUGAGCGUCUGCAUCACGGUCCUGUGCGUCUUCGACCCGACAGGCCGGACCUUUGUCAAACUGCGUGCCACGAAGCGGAGACAGCGCAACUUGAGGACAUACAACCUGCGACACCGCCUGGAAGAAGGGCAGGCCAGCAGCUGGACACGCCGACUCAAAGUUUUUCUUUGCUGCACGCGGACGAAAGACUCUCAAUCGGACGCCUACUCUGAAAUCGCCUACCUUUUUGCUGAGUUUUUCCGAGACCUUGACAUCGUCCCAUCUGACAUCAUUGCAGGCCUGGUUCUUCUGCGGCAACGGCAACGGGCAAAGCGCAAUGCUGUGCUGGAUGAGGCAAACAAUGACAUUUUAGCUUUUCUGUCUGGGAUGCCAGUGACCAGGAACACAAAGUAUCUGGAUCUGAAAAAUGCGCAAGAGAUGCAGCGAUACAAAGAGGUGUGUUACUACAUGCUGUUUGCCCUGGCGGCCUAUGGCUGGCCCAUUUACCUGAUGAGGAAGCCCACAUGUGGACUCUGUCGCCUGGCCAGAUCCUGCUCAUGUUGCUGUCUCUGUCCCUCACGUCCCCGCUAUGCACCCAGUGUUACCAUUGAGGAGGAUAAUUGCUGUGGCUGCAAUGCCAUUGCCAUCCGGCGCCACUUCUUGGAUGAGAACAUGACCUCGGUGGACAUCGUUUAUACUUCUUGCCAUGACGCGGUUUAUGAAACUCCUUUCUAUGUGGCUGUGGACCAUGAUAAGAAGAAGGUAGUCAUUAGCAUCCGAGGAACGCUGUCUCCAAAAGAUGCCUUGACUGACCUAACUGGGGACGCAGAGCGCCUUCCAGUGGAGGGUCACCAUGGGACGUGGCUGGGACACAAGGGAAUGGUGCUAUCCGCCGAGUACAUCAAGAAGAAAUUGGAGCAAGAAAUGGUGCUUUCUCAAGCUUUUGGACGAGACUUGGGGAGAGGAACAAAACACUAUGGCCUGAUUGUGGUUGGCCAUUCCCUAGGGGCUGGCACAGCUGCCAUCCUGUCCUUCCUUUUACGUCCGCAGUACCCGUCACUGAAGUGCUUUGCCUAUUCUCCCCCAGGUGGGCUGCUGAGUGAGGAUGCCAUGGAGUAUUCAAAAGAGUUUGUGACUGCAGUCGUGCUUGGCAAAGAUCUAGUGCCCAGAAUUGGUCUCUCUCAGCUGGAAGGGUUUCGCCGUCAGCUUCUGGAUGUUCUUCAGAGGAGUAACAAACCAAAGUGGCGAAUCAUUGUGGGUGCUACCAAGUGCAUACCCAAGUCAGAGCUCCCUGAAGAGACAGAAGAAAAUUCAGUAACAAGUAAUCGCCUCUGGACCCAUCCCAGUGAUCUGACUAUUGCUCUGUCUGCAAGCACACCGCUCUACCCGCCUGGCCGCAUCAUCCACGUGGUGCACAAUCAUCCUGCAGAGCAGUGCUGUUGCUGCGAGCAAGAGGAUCCCACUUACUUUGCUAUCUGGGGUGACAAUAAGGCGUUUAAUGAAGUCAUCAUCUCACCAGCGAUGUUGCACGAACACCUCCCAUACGUGGUCAUGGAAGGGCUCAACAAGGUCUUGGAGAAUUACAAUAAGGGGAAAACAGCUUUACUUUCCGCUGCCAAAGUGAUGGUGAGUCCUACAGAAGUGGAUCUCACCCCAGAGUUGAUCUUCCAGAGUCAGCCCUUGCCUAGUGGACCCUCAGUGCAGAUUGGAACUGGAGCCAUAACAGUGGACAGAAGGAACAGCAGUACAAAGAGCAAGUCCCAUUCUGAAAUUAGCUUGGAGGGGUUUUAUGAGACAAAGCCACUUUCUCCUGUGCAGAAAGACCCCGUGGAGCUGCUGCUCCUGGAUACAAAGGAACGUCUGUCUGUGGAGCUACAGGACCGACGUGCUCCUCUUGCAACCAUGGAGAGCCUCUCUGACAAUGAAUCCAUCUACAGCUUUGAUUCAAGGCGUUCCUCUGGUUUCCGUAGCAUACGGGGCUCUCCCAGCCUCCAUGCUGUCAUGGAGAAGGACGAGACGCAUUGCUUUUAUAUAGACCCUGCUAUCCCUGAGGAGAACCCCUCCCUCAGCUCGCGGACAGAGCUGCUGGCUGCUGAUAGCCUCUCCAAGCACUCCCAGGAGACUCAGCCCCCCGAGAAUGCACUCAACAGUGGUGGCACUACCCCCCAGCGACGCUGCAGUGAGGAGGGGGCCAGCAGUGAGGGGGACCGUGUUUCCUUAGCCCCUCGUGAGGAGCUGUCCCUCCAGAACGGACGGCUCACUGAUGUUCCCAGUCCCCAAGUGCUGGAGUUUGCUGAGUUCAUAGACAGCCUCUUCAAUUUGGAUAGCAAAAGCAGCUCCUUCCAGGACAUCUACUGCAUGAUGGUGUCUGACAGCUCCAGUGACUUUGCAGAGAUGCCCAAGUCUGUCAGUGAUCAGGAGAUCCUGUUGAGGGCGCAAUAUGAACCCAACCUAGUCCCAAAGCCCCCAAGGUUGUUUGCAGGCUCAACAGAUCCUUCGUCGGGCAUCUCUGUCUCACCCUCUUUCCCCCUUAGUUCAUCUGGAGAACUCAUGGACAUCACUCCCACAGGCGUGAGCAGCCAGGAGUGCCUGGCCACUGACAAAAUCCGGACUUCCACCCCCACUGGGCAUGUAACCAGCCCUGCCAAGCAGGAGGACCUCAUGAUUUCUGCCCUUUAGUGCAGGGCAAAGGGGUGCGGCUCUGAGAGCUGAUCCCGUAGGCUGCGUGCUGGGAUAAUACUUGGAGGAGGUGGUCAUCAGGCAGUUCAGAUCGGUGGAGACAGCUGGAAACAUUCCUUCUGGGGUGACACGGUGGUGGCACACUAUCUGGAGGAUGGAUUGUGCUCGAGUCCCAUGCGUAUAGCUGGGACAAGGAGCAUUGCCUCACGAGGCCUGCUACACUGAGAGGGUCUGAGUCAGUAAAGGUAGAUGCAAGUUCCCUACCUCAGCCUGUCUCGUUUCAUAGAAGAGGCAGAUUCCUUGCCCAAGGGCACCUGCUGAGUUUGGGAGCGAGAUGCUCUGCUUCAGGGAGUCCUCUGGGGUAAAGCUUCUCUGAAGCUUGAGGAUUAGAUAGACAGAAGCAAGGGGGCCAGGCCAGAUCACCCCCUUGGUACCGUUUCAGUAGUUUUGGAAAUGAGCGGAUUGAGACUUUGGGCCCUGUUGCACUACCAUGUCGGAUCUGGCCCAAGAUCCAAUUCGUCACACUUCCACGGGGAUUGCUUUCCUAGGACACACUCUUGUUUUAAAGCCAUUGGGGCUGUAUUCUCCCCAAAUGCAGCCUCCCUUUCCCUGGCCAGGCACAGCAAGAAUCAUUCUGGCACUGUUUUCUCUCCCCUGAGUACUUCUGUGUUCAAUGACCACCAGGCUGCUCCUGAGAGGAAAGGAAAUUGUUCUGAAGAGCCAAAAGCCCUCUGCCAUGUCCCUCCUUUGCUGGAAAGAGUCCUCCUGGAUGCCAUCAUCAUCACUUCUCAGUUCCCUGGACUGCUCUGAGCUGGCGACGUUCCUACAGGACUGACAGGAUUCUCAUCUCGGAGCUUCAUGGAUGGAUCAACUUAAAAAUAUUUAAAAAGGCUUGUCAGCACCCAGCAUUAUUUGCUAGCUCCCCGCGGAGCCUGGGAGCCUCUCCUGGACCCCGCUGGGUCUUCACACCGCCCGUAUGCAGUAAUCACAGAUCAGUGCCAGCCUCUCUCAUUGGGAGUUCAGGGAAAAGAUGAACUUUUACUAAGUAUUGAAAUUUCUUGUAUGUUUACAGAGCUGCUAAGCUUUAUGGAAGGUAUUUAUUAAGCAAACAGGGAGGCUUUCUCUAGGCAAGAAGCAUGUUCAUUCUGUCCUUCCUGUGCCAUUCCCUCUGGCGACUGAGGGGGAGAGAGGGUGCACAAGUAUGACUGCGAGUCCCCUGCUUUUGAAGUGGAGUAGGGUGUUGGGAGAACCCCUAGGAUCAGAGUCUGGGGGAAGCUGUGCGUCCCUUGUCCACCUCCCUGUUGCACAACGUGUUACAAAGCUGGACCAAGUCAUUAGCAAAACUGCCUGAGCACUGCUGUGCAGAGCCUCGGUGCACAGAGGAGCCUGCUAGAGCUAUCUAAGCAGUGAAUUUUUGAUGGUGGAAGCGUGAAAGAAACUACCUAUCUAGAAAGCUAAACAUACUGUGACCUGGUGAAAUCCUUUAACUGACGAAACACCUUCAUAUCAAAGCUCAGCGGAGCUACCAGUCAGUCUCACUGGAGCUCUGUCCUCCCUCAGUGGAAGAGAAAAUCCUCUCUUAACAUCCCUAUAAUGCUAGGGAUGUUACUUCCCCCUCUUCAGCUGUGGUGUUUCCAUUGUGGGAGGAUGCUGUGCUUCCCAGGAGCUUGGUUCAUGACAACCCCCUGGGCUCCUGGUAUCCCUCAGCCUCUGGCUGCAGUUUGCUGCGUGGCCCCUGGAAGCCCCAGUGGUGGAUCAGGGCUUUGCUGGCCUGGGUGCCACACAAACCAGGCACGAGUGGUAUCAAAUACCAGCACAUCAGAACAGGAGCCCUUUAGAGCCAGUGUGCAUUGAUGUAAAUGACUUCAGGUGCACAGAAACGAACUGGACUUUGUCCAAGUGCUGAUCUCCCACUCCAUUUAAUGUGGGAUACUGUAUCCCCUGCUCCUUAGAAAUUACAGGGCCUCUAGAACUGCAGGGACUUUGUUAAACGGGCAGUAAAAUAUCGUCCCUGUGCUUUGGGUUCCAAAGGGGACCUCUUCUAUACAGUCUUGAAUUGGAGGGAAGAAGUCCCUCUGAAUUCAAUGUAAUUUGUAAAAGAAAAUACAUUUCAUUCUGAGCAGCAAGAAGUUACUUUUUGUUUUGUAGGUCCUUCAGAACAGAGCAGUGUUUCCUUUGCUGAGAGGUUGUAUAGUUCAAGAGCUCACACAGAGCAGCUGUGUAAGUGCCAUCAGGUCAUCCACUAUUGCAGACAACAGGGUAAGGCUGAACUGCUGCAGAUAGCCUAGAAGCAUUAAAAAGGUGGUGUCCAGGAAUACGUACAAUGAACUGGGUAGUUUUGAGGGGAAAGGGAGCUAAAGCAUGGGGAGACUGAGGCUAGCAGGCUAGCUCAGCUCCCAAUGCAGACUGCUGACAUGCACGUACAGUGGGGAAAAGGAUUCAAUCUUCUCUUCUGCCUUUAAUUUUUGGCAGAAGGUGGGGAGUAAUAACACUUAGCACUUCGGCAGAGCAUUAUAUCUGCAAAGCACUUUACAAACAUUGAUGAAAGAAUCAUCUCUGUCCCUGGCAGUGAGGUAUUAGGAGAAGUCUCUCUGAGACUAGGUGGAACUACUGGUGCCCUACCCGAGGAUGGUGGGGAGAUGACUCAAGGUGAGGAAGGUUGAUAACCUCCCUCUUAAGAAAAAGUUGUUUCAAUAGCGACCCAUUGCGAUGGGUCGCAAUAUUGCACUAGAAAGUCACUUCUGACCUGGGUACCUCCCUUAUGUCCUGGAAAACACAAUCAUUGUGUGAAUGUUUCCUUCUCUGUGCCAUUGGAACUGCAUCUUGGGGGAAUGGGGUGACCUUGUCCUGACCAGCUGUAGUAGGAAACAGCUUGGUAUGCUGGAUUUUUCUGUUUUGUGCUCUGUGAUUUUUAGGCUUCUUUUGAAAAGCCUGGAAAUGCCUAAUGCUUGUGACCUGGCCUUGCCAUUUACCAAGGCAGUAAAGGUACAAGAGAGACCUCAAAGUUAAAGUUCUACUUGCUUUGCAUUGGGGGUGAUUCCUGUUUUCCAUUACUCUAUUGACAAACAGAUCUGUUACCAGUCCUCACAAAAAACCCUUGCUAAGUAGUUCCAUGUUCUUUGCAUUAUUUCUGCUUUAAAUGACUGAUUGUCUUCAUUCUUCUCCCUCCUAUGCUGUAGGAUUGUUUGGACAGGCUGGUCUCCUAUUCCAUCCUGACAAAGUAUAUCUGGAAAGGUACAAAUGCCUGCUAAACCUGUAGCUACCUCCUUCAUUCCUACUGCAUACUACUGCUUGCUUUCUCUGCCCUCCCUCCACUCUGAUGUGUAGCUCUCUUGGGAAACAAGAAGCUUCUUCAGAUUUCUUGAUCUCUCAGCUUCUGGUUCCUGCUCUUAAGCUUUGUGCCUUUUAAUGUUUGUAUGCUUCACUGAUAUUUCGGUGGGAUGUUCCACCCCGUGAGGAGGCAGUGCUGGAAGAGCAGCUUGUAGUGCCUGACAGACACGCUGAACCUCAGUAAAACAGACAAUAGUUCACCCAUUUCGAUAGCACAUCCUUAAAUCCCCUGAGGUUUAUUGGCAGAGGAGUGGAGCUAAGGCCACCAGGUUCCUGGAAAGCAGAGAGAGGGUUUUGUGCACCUUAAAAUCAAAGCAUAGUAAGUGAAACAAUAUACAACAAUGCAGCUUUGCCAAAGAGCCUCGCACAAUCUUUCCACCAUCCCCUGGUGCAGCAGAUUUCAGCUGUCUGCAUGAGAAUAGGACUUGGCAUGUUUGUUCCUGAUCUUCUCAGCAGACAGUAGUGGAAUGUGAUCUCAAGGCCUUGAAACACUUGGGGGCAACAAGGAGGGCUGUUAGCUGGGUGUCUGUCUGAACUCUGUCCAACAACUUAGAGAACAGCCUCUGACCCUGCCCUGAAUUUGCUCACAGGUUGUGAAGGGUUUGGUACUGCUGUCUGGUUUUCAUGUCUACAGGCUGCCCUCCAACCCUUUUGGGUGUGUCCAAUGUGGAAGAAAAUUUCUGAUAAUAUUCUAGGAAGCUUUGAUAACCAAGCCCUUAGCAUGUAAUGCUGGCUGGCUGCAUUUUUUGGAGGCUCUUCUGCAUCAACAAUAAUUGCUUUUAUUAUUGUUUUAAUUGCAGUGGUGCCAACAUAGGCAGGAUUCUGCUGUGUUAAUAUGCACAAGCGCUAAACAAAAGGACAGCCCUUCCCCGAAACCUAGCAUUAUCCCCUCUCCUUCUCUGUGGAGCUUCCCUCUCCAUUUGGUACGAGCAUUUUCUCCUGAAGCUGUCUCUCUAACCUUUCCUCUUCUCCAUUCCUGUUACCGAACCAGGAACUACCUUACCUGUCAUUGUGGUUACACCGUCUCGGGAUGAUGGUGUCAGUGGUGUCUUAGUCCACAUCCUUGGCAGCACCACUUAAAAAGCUAUCCCCAGUGAUCUCGUGAUGACCCAAAACACAGGGGAAUGGGAUUCCAGAUGCUGUGUGUCUUCCCAGGAUUCUUGAUGCACUUGAGAAGGCUGCUGCCUUCUGUGGCAGAUGAGGCUAUGUAGGAAGGUCAAAGCAUUCUCAACACCAAGAGGGUUGUUAGAUGCAGAUGUGGUAUCUCCAGCUUUGCUUACCUUGUUUCUGGUCACUCUUUUCAGUGUUUGUUCAUAAUUUCUGCAAUUUUAAGAACUUUAUCCAAAUUAAACUGCAGUUGUAUGACACACAUUGCUAUCUACCGUGGACUGAGCUGCCAAAGCUAGUUGUGAGCACAGGUAUUCAAACCCAAAGGUUCCCAUUUAUGCGCUUUUAUGAUCUUGUUAGGUAAAUUGCAAUAGCAGCAGCAGAUCCCAAGCAGCAGUAAGAUUUAAGUGGGAAGUAGUUGCUGCUGCCAGUGAACAAGGGCACAUGAGAAAGGAGAAGCACCAAGUGUGUUUGGUGCACAUGCUCCUUGGAGCUUUUCCUGCUGCAGGAGUCCUUUGUUACUCUGUACCUGGUCUCCAUCAGAGGAAAGAGAACAGGGCUGAUGUGUAUGAAGCCCGGCAAACUGAAUGAACAUGGCAUUAUUUUUUAGGUAUUUUUUUUUGGUACUUUUUAAGGUACUCCUAGUUAAGGUUGCCCUCUGCUCAGUUUUGGUGUUUGUAAUCUGGGCCUAAUUAGGAGGGUUUUUAAAAUCUUCCCUUAAAUAGCUUGGAUGAUUUUGUUUUGUUGUCAGGUAUCUUUUUGAUUUGUUGCUGCUCUGGAUUCAGUGGUCUCAGUCUUAAUGUUCUCUGGAGCUUCUCCAUGGUUUUGAUUAAUACUGCUUCCCAGUUUUAAAUUCAUUUUAAUCCUUGCUGCACCCUGUUUUCAGACUGAGUGAUGAGAUCUCUACAUGCUUCAGAGCCUCCUGUUGAGUUGUAAAAAUGUCCUCUUGUAAUAUAUUCUUCAUGCACUUAACUGAUAUUCAUUGUUGCUGAAACGCAUGUGUUGCUGUAUUUAGAACUUUGCUUUCAUAGCUAUAUCCUUGCAAGGAAGACAGGGAAGAGGAGCUUCAGUCUCAGCCGGCCCCAAAUGCACGUUCUGUCCUUUCAUCAUAUUGGCACCCUGAUACUUGCCGCUUUCCUAGGAUACUUGUCAGGUCUGGUAGCAAAACUGGAUGCGUGUUACCCUGACUAUGCAAACAGUGCCUGGGCUCUUCUACAGAUCUUACAGUCUGAAGAAACGGAUUUCUAAGUGUAAUGAAAUUUGUGGGGGUGUCUUUUAUCUACUGAGCUACAAGCUCCUGCUUGUUUCUGCUGGAUGCCAUUUGCACAUGCAAGUACUGUGUAUACUUUCAGUGCUGACCACAUCCAGCUCUCACGAGGCCUGGGACACUGGAGGGCAUUCUAGCCUACCCUGUUGCAUUUCCACGCUCAGCAGAAGCACUUCUGUGUUGACUCAGAACCCAGGGGCUGGCUAGCCUGGAGCUCUGCUUGGUGCUGUGUUCACGCUGUGCUUAUGCACACCCACUGCUGGAAUAUUCUCUUCCCUCAGCAGUAAGAGGACAUUGUGGCUGCAGCAGCUGUUCUUGCUUUGCAGCAAGGGUAGCAGUAGUAUUUGAUCUCCUUUUUCUUUCUUUCUUUUUGUUGUUUUUUAAAGGGAUGACCUUCUGCAGGCAGUAGUUGCAGCCAUGUUAAGCCACACAGGCUGGUAAUUUGCCAAUGAAGUGGUUUACAUUUAAAUACUUGAAAAGUUUUCAAAGACCUUCAGAAAGUCUCCAAAUGUAAUGCAAAUACUGGCAGACAUUUAAAACAGCCUCUGGUCCUCAACAAACCUAGCAGCUUUGCUUUUUGCUUAAUAGCUCUUUCAGCUUUCCUCCCUUCUGUAGCAUUACACUUCUUUCUGCUCAGACAAUUGAAGUCUGAGAUGCCUUUUGCUGACAAUCCUUCUAUGCUGUCACUUGUUUGUUAUCCUCUGUCCUGUUUAAACUUACCCCACCAAAGCUGGAUUUUUGCUGAGCUGUUUUUUAAUUAUGCUGCUGCCAACAGACUCUCAGAACUCCUCUUCACUUUAGGAAGUCUAAAGACAAUCUCUGCAAUCCUCUUUCUCAUUGGAAAAGCAUAGGGUGAGUAAAUAUUUAUUGUCUGAAUGCUUCCUUGGUAGUUCUGUAGCAGAAGUAAUGAGUUACAGAAAUACCAGGAAGUGAAAGGAAAAUGGUAGAAUAAUUAACACACUGAACCUGAAAGCUCAGUGUAAAAACAAAGAUUUCACAGGGACAUGUUUCUUAGCAGGUGAAACAUCAGCUUCCCUGUCUGCAGUGUACAGGUGCCUCCUUACCUGCUUGACAAAAGGGAGGGUUGGAAAUUCAGCAGUUGUUUUGCACACACUGCUCUGAAUUGAAGGAGUAUGCACCUCUGAAGCACUGGGAAAGCAUUGUCUGAAUCAGGCUUGUUGCACAUCUUUCUCAGGGCCCGUUCAGUACUGAACUGCAGAACUGGAUUUAGGGAAGAACUGCAUCUCUUGUGCCAAAGCUCCCCCUCAUGGUGCUCCUGCAGUGGAGGAGGCUAUGUCACAGGCAGAGCGCAUCCUGCUGGGAGGCAAGCACUGCUCUUUCUCUGCAGAUACGGGAAGAGGGAGUGAAGGGAACAGUGAGAUGUGACAGGUUGGAUGGCAGGGGUCAGCCUGAGCUUGGUUUGCUUCAGGGUUUUAUAUUCCAGUUCAGAGCAGGGCCUUCACUGCCAGGGUGGGUGGGGAUUAGGUGUGUGAGCCCAAAACUGAAACUCUUCUAAUUCAUAAACUGUUGGUAGAACUGAGAAGUGUUUUAGGAGGGAAAUCUUUCAUUGUAUGACAGUUCCCUGCUGUGUGGAGGGCAGUAUUCUCUGCGGAGCAGCAAGGCUGUUGGCUUUCUUGUGUGGCAGGAGCACUGCUGGCUGCCAAACUUCUGCUCUUCUUUCUUCACCAUCUCCCAACUGUACCUGCAUCCAGCACUUCCCUAAGAGCUGUUAUGCUCCGCGCAUAGCAUGAGAGGAUGCUGCCAGCCUAAACUUUGGCUGCUAAAGGCCUUGCAUGCUGGAAAUAACAAAGCAAUUGAUGAACAGUUCCUAGUUUUGUCACAGUGACUUGCAGCCCUAAAAAGCACCAGGAAACGCACACAGCUGUCCGGAAGCACUUUGCUCUCUCCAUUGUUGCUGGUUUCUUUUCUGCUUAUUUUCCUGAAUUCAUGCCUGUUGUGCCUUUGUUUUCCAUUGGCUUGAGGUGCAGCCUCCUGCUUGGGAUCAGACAGCUACCUUCCUCUCCCACUUUGUGGUGUUCCUUCUCUGGCUGUACGAAAGGAGAUGUGGUGUGGCCAGGGAGUGGUUCAGAGUCGUCCUUGCUACAGGUCCCCCUCUUUCUGCCUCAGCUAGGACUUGUCAGAUUUCCUCACUGUCCCCUGCUCGCUCAGGUCAUCUCCAAGUGCCAGCAGCAAAGCCUGACCUGAGGCAGGAUGCCUCCUCCUACCCGCACCGCAGUUACCCUGCAGCCUCCUCCUGUGCGGUAGGCAGGGAGGACUUCCCAGCAUUUCUUACCUGUGGCGUAUGUGACCUCAGCCAGUGUCCAACAGGUCUGUUCGUGAGUAAAACUUCCUCUCAGGUCCAAUUCAGGAGUAAAACUCCUCUACUCAAGAUCUGACUACUUUUUUUUUAUUUUUAUUUUUUUGCAAGGACUUAUGCUGAAAGGGACCUAACAUGUUCUGAACUGUCCACUGCAGUUUUGAUUUUACUGACGUUCCCAGACUGGUUCUGGAACAGCCAUCUUCCACAGGUAAUCUCUAUUUCGGAGGGUCGGGCAUUCUUGCAGCUGUCACUGCUGUGUUUGAGGCCUGACCUCACCACUUCACCCUGCGCUUUGUUUUUCACUUACUGAACCUUCCUAUCCGCCCUGCAUAUCUGUCUGAUGAGGGAACCUUCAUCUGGCUACUUAUUUCUGCAAGAACAUUAAACACAGCAGCACAGAAACAAGCAUAACUUUUUUUUUUUUCUUUUUAAAAUGGGAUUCCACUGCCCUGCUUUCCAUCUGGUGCUUUGUGCAGUUCUGAUGGCUCAGAGUUGGAGGUACCUGGUGCGUGUUGGCAGUACCAGGCCGAGGGAGCAGCCCAGGGCAGCACGUGCAUCACGCAGCGCUCAGACUGCCUGGGCGGCACUCGCCUGUGCCGUCUGUCCUGCCGUGACGCGUAGCUUCAGGCGGCUUGUCUGCGCAAAGCAAUCGCAAUGUGGUGUGCUUGCUAGGCCACUACCAGGCACCUUUUUUAGGGUCUUAUCUCCGUUCUCAGCAUGUCCACAGUGCUCACUGUCUGGUGGCCCAGCGGCAUCAGCUGCGGCUGCUGAGGCUGCACAGCUUCCCAGCUUUCCCUCCACAAACACUGCAGUUGAUGGCAGAGGUGAUGUCCAGGGAAUAGUCUCAAGCUCCUUCUUUUCUUUGUGAUAAACUUAAUUACUAAUGUCAACAGGGAUUAUAUCUGCAUGCUUGGGACAGCAGGAGAGGAGCGCUCUGCCCUUUAAGACCCUUUCCUUUAGCUCAGUUGUCUGCUGCCAUGUCCUGCUGUGACAGCCACUAGUCUUGCCUCUCCUCCUUUAUGGCUGUGAACGAGCAGAGACAGCAAGGCCUGAGGAGCUGUGGGAAGCUGCUUUCGCUUCUCUUUUUGUGCUCUUUAGUGCCAGCCGUGCUGGGUGGAGCCCAGCUGCACAGGCCUCUGUGUGACAGGAGCUGUCUGCUGGUGGGGCGCUCCACGCAGCAGUGGCACACAGCAACUCCCUUGCCUCCCGCUCCUCUCUCUCUCAGCAGACACCAAUGCCUCUAUGGAAAAAGCCCUUCUGCCUGCUGUCACCUAUCUCACGUCAUGUGCUGGGGCAGCUCAGACUCUAGGGUAGCUGUGAAUUUAACUCUUUGACCCCAAUUGCCUCUUUAUAGGUAAAGCCUUUUGUGUUUAUGGGUGAAGCAGCCCUUCUAGGGAGCUCUGACUGCCUCUUGCAGGACCUGGAGCACUUGCAUAUGCAAUCAGGGGGAAAACAGCACAGGAUCUUGUGUCCCCAUGCUCAACCGACAGGGCACUGCCUGUCCCAGGAAUGCUGCCCUUCAGAUCCCUGCUCCGAGCUGCCCCAGCAUGAAGACUACAAGGAAACUAAAGCACUCUUCAUGUGCCAUUCUCAUGUGACUUUUUGUACCUAUGUAUGAAAGAUCUAAACUAAUAUUGCUGUAAAGAAAGAUACAGAUUAAUAUAGCAUAUUAUAUAAAGAUAUAUGUAUAUAAACUUUUCUGUAUAUUGUAUGGCACUGUGUAUAAAAUGGAUGUAGAAGCA